AUAAAAAACCACAAAAAAAACAUACAAGAUGGUUUUCUCAUUCCUCAAGUCAGUUUACAAUUAUUUCUUUGCCCAAUCUUCAUUUGAAGAAUAUGAUCAGCAAAUGGAAGUUUAUUUAGCUGAAGAGCUAGCAAAAUUAGACAUAGACGAUAAAAGUAAUGUCCAAAAAAUAGAGCCUAUUCAUAAUCUUAGGGAUUGUUUCCAAAGGACAGGUGUAAUCAAUUACAUUAGUGACAAUGGAAGCUAUGUGCUUAUUGACGGGAUGUUCUACUUUAAUACCGAGGGAUGCUCAAUCCACCUUCAACUUAAUGACAAAGUUGUGUAUUUGUGCUACAAGGAUGCGGAAGAAUCAAUUGUUGUUGUCCGAAUACUACAAAACCAAGGUGAACAUUGGGGGGACUUUGAAGUAGAUGUCGAUGAGCGUGGUUUUCCAGUCAUAGAACAUGUAAUUGUUGGCGAGGUUGAAUAUAGAAAAGAUCGCCUGGUAAUCAUAAAAGAGAGUGAUCUAACAUUCAGUCUUGACAAAGUAGUUGCCACUUUUGUGCCAGUCCAGGGUGAUUUCUUAGAACUUAUGUGCAAAGUUAAAUAUGAUGAAGAGAACCCCACUGAUAUCUCUACUAACCAGGUUGUAGAAGUAAUUUCAUUCAGACCAUUGAGAAAAAAAAUGAUGUCUUCGGAAAUAAAACAAUGGAACGGGAAAGAGGGAAUUUGUCACAACCAAAUUUAUUUUAAUGUGGCAACAUGUAUCAUCAAUGGUGGUGAUCCACAUGUUGGGGCCAAGGUUUAUGUUGAAGCUAUAGAGAGUAAUCAAUGCUCCUGCUCAUGGAGAGUUCUAAAAAUGGAAAUAACUGACAAAGCAAAAGUUGUACAAGAACCUUCUGAAGUUGAAGACAUAGAAAAAAGAAGCAUGGAGAUUGAAACAAAUAAUAACAUAGAGGUGACUUAUCCUUUAAAGUUUGAAAAUGUCCAAUUCCAUGAGAGGCCCCAAAUAACAUUAUCCAUUACAAACAAAAAUAACCAGCCAGUCAUAAUGUUUAAAUGGAUGCUACUUUGCAAAAAAAGAGAUUCGCAAGUAACUGUGAAUCCUAUAUUGCCUAAAUAUACAAAACUAUACCCAAAUAAACCAUUCAUUUUAACAAUCGAUUGCCAUCCUAAAUUUUACGGCAAAUCCAAAGAACAUCUGAUCAUAACUUUCAGAGGGUUCAAAGUGGAAAGAUUGAUUGAAAUAAAUGUUUUAAGUGAACUCACUUCAAAUGAAGAUGCCAGCUUUACUUUUAAAAAAGGAUAUGAUGUCAAUGACUUGAAGAUUGGAUUCAAAAGAGGGGACGGUAAUUACAUACCUGGAGUGCGGCUAUCUAAGAAUCCUAACUUUAGAACUGUGAGAAUGGGACAAUAUAGUAUACCAGAAAAAGUGGAGUCUGCGGUUAUUGGCGACUAUGACAAUAAAUCAACCAGGAAAGAAAUAUUACAAAGAAUUGAAUACAAUUUUCCUUGUCUCAUUCAAAAUUUAAAUGUUUCAAAUUAUGUAGACAAAUGGCACACAUUGUUGUACAUGGAAGAAAUUAAAGCAACAAUAAAUAUAAGGAAUUUCAACUUACCAUCAACUUUUUUGGUUAAAUGUCAGGAAUACCUCUGCCUUGAAAUUAAGAAGUUGGCUGAAAGACGGCCCUCCCUAAUAGUUGGUGACAAAGUUAUGGUUACUGAUAUUUGGGAUGAGAAAUCUUAUACAUAUGAAGGCUUUAUCCAUGUCAUUCGAGGUGAUCAAGUACUAUUUAAGUUUAACCCUAGGUUUCAUGAAACUUACAGAGGAAGUGACGUUUCUGUAGAAUUUUGUCUUAGUAGAUCAUCAUACAGAAAAUUACAUCAUGCCGUCAGCAAGGUGCUCUCUACAUUGGGAACAGAUGUGUUAUUCCCCUCCCGUCUAUUGUGCCGCCCACCUCAGGUACCUUUAGACAAAGUUAAUAAUUUGCAAUGGUUCAAUAAAAACUUGAAUUAUUACCAAAAAAAGGCGGUAACGAACAUCUUGAUAGGAGAAUGUCGUCCAAUGCCCUAUUGCAUAUAUGGCCCGCCAGGGACUGGUAAAACUGUCACUGUUGUGGAAACCUUACUUCAGAUCAUCACGCUUAUACCUGACAGCAGAAUUUUAGUGGCAACACCAUCAAACAGUGCUGCAAAUCUGAUUACAGAAAGACUGUUACAAUACAGAAAAUUGUUUUCAAGUUCCAUCAUCAGACUCAUUGCAAACUAUAUGGUAGAUUCUGAAAAUAUUCCAGAUGUAGUCAAACCAUACUGUGCAGUUGUGAACAUAGCUAGAGAAAAUACGUCAAGGUCAAAUCAUGCCGUUGUUCAAAGCGGCAUCAAUAUGAAUGUACCCUCAUCCUAUGUAGGGCGAUAUCGAGUUACUAUUGGGACCUGCAAUUGCCUCGGGACGCUUGCGCUAAUGGAAUUACAUAAAGGGCAUUAUACACACGUAAUAGUAGACGAGGCAGGGCAAGCUAUAGAACCAGAAAUAAUGAUUCCCAUGACCUUCAUAAACAAAGAUAGUGGACAAAUUAUUCUGUCUGGUGACCCAAUGCAACUUGGGCCAAUAGUUUUGUCUGGUUAUUGUAAAGAAUUUGGAAUGGAUAAAUCAUAUUUGUCCAGACUGCUUGAAACAUUUCCAUAUCAAAAGGACUAUGAUGCCUUCGAAAACGGAUUCAAUGAAAAACUGGUAACUCGACUGUCUGAAAACUACAGAUCUUUGCAAGAAGUCAUAAAAUUGCCCAGUGAAAUGUUUUAUGAUGCUUCUUUGGUGUCGAGAGUUGAUCGGAGUGCUCCAGACGUUACAAAAAUCAUUGAUAUUGUGUCAGAAAUAUUUGAAAUGCCUGAAGAUUCUAAGUCCGGAGGGAUAUACGUGCAUGGCGUUAAAGGAAAUAAUGCACGUGCCGUAGACAGUCCUUCCUGGUAUAAUCCUGAGGAAGCUUCUAUGGUCGCAUUGACAGUUUGUAAACUGUAUAAGAAUAAUGUAACACCAGAUGAAAUAGGAAUUAUUGCACCUUACAUAGCACAGAUACGACAUCUGCGGCGCUUGUUUGACCAUAUGAAGUUGGAACGUCCUAAAAUCGGCACCGUUGAAGAGUUUCAGGGUCAAGAAAGGUUGUUUAUAAUAAUAUCUACAGUAAGAUCAUCUAGUAUGCUGAUAGAAGAAGAUCUCCAACACUCAUUGGGCUUUGUGCAGAAUCCUAAGAGGUUAAAUGUUGCGCUAACGCGAGCACAAGUAGCAGUGCUCUUGGUUUGCGAUCCCCAUUUGUUGUCACAGGAUCCACAAUGGAAUAAAGUCAUAACUCAAGCCGUCAAGGAGAACAAAUACAUGGGAUGUGAUUUUUCUGGUUGUAAGGAGGUAAAUGAAUUCGAAGAAAUCGAAUGAAAAGCAAGAUAAUUGUUAAUUCAUACCUAUUUUUCCUCAAUUGAUAAUUAUUAACUCUCCGGAGUC